AAGCUAACUUAACUUUUUUCGUAAAAACCUAAUGGCAUGGAAUAUGUGGCUGUGAGAUUAAGUAUUGAUUUUGAAUGUUAAAAAAAAAUUUAAUGUGUAUAUAUUAAAUACUUUAAAAAUGGAAAAAGUAUUUAUUUUUAUUUUUAUUAUUUCUUAUUCGUUUUAUGAAAUCCAAAGCGUAAAUGUUGUACGCCCAAGAGGUAUUGCAUUUGAAAGAGCUUCUCUGUAUAUUCCUGAUAAAGAUUUUGCAUGCUUAGAUGGAAGCUUUGUUAUACCAUUUUCAUUUGUAAAUGAUGAUUACUGUGAUUGUCCGGAUGCAAGUGAUGAACCAGGCACAUCAGCAUGCCCUAAUGGCACAUUCCAUUGUACUAAUGCUGGUCAUAGGUCACUUACUAUACCAUCAUCAAGAGUAAAUGAUGGAAUUUGUGACUGUUGUGAUGGUUCAGAUGAAUGGGGUACCACUAAAAACAUAAGUCCUUGUAUAAAUACUUGUGAAGAACUUGGACGUGCAGCAAGAGAAGAAGCUGAAAGAGUUCAACAAAUGAUUGUUGCUGGAAAUGAAAUACGUGAACAGUUUAUUUUAAAAGCUAAAGAACAAAAAACAGAAAAACAAAAAAGAAUUUCUGAACUUAUGAACCAAAAAAUCGAAGCUGAAAGUAUUAAAAAUGAAACAAUGGUUGUUAAAGAAAAAGCUGAAGAACUAGAAAAAUCUGUUUUAGAAAAAUAUCGGAUAAUUGCCGAUGAAAAAAGGAAACAACAAGAAGAACUACAAAAGGUGAAAGAUCAAAAUGAAGCAUAUGAAGCAUUUCAUGAUAUUGAUACUAAUAAAAACAACAUAAUUGAAGAAAAUGAAAUAGAAGGCUAUAGCACAUUUGACCAAAAUAAAGAUGGUAUGGUUUCUGAAGAUGAAAAAGAUUAUUUUAUGGAAACUAAAAAGGAAAUGAAUUUGGAUGAGUUUAUGUUAAAUGGUUGGAGUCGUCUUAAACAAUUACUUUUGACUGAAAAUGUUGAAACUGAAACAACAGAAGAUACUAUUGAAAAAGAUGGGGAUGGUCAAUUUGAGGAAAUAGAACAAAGUGAUGACCACCCAGAUGACGAUAUUGAGCAUUUAGAUUCUGCUGAUGCGGUUGAUGAAUCUCAAUAUGAUGAAGAAACUCAGUUAAUAGUUGAAGAAGCCAAAAGAGCUCGUGAAUCAUUUGAAGAAGCUGAUAGAAAGUUUAGAGAUAUUGAACGAAAAAUAUCUCACUUGCAUGAUUCAUUAUCAAAAGAUUAUGGAAUAGAUGAUGAAUAUGCUACAUUGGAUGGAGAAUGUUAUGAACUCUCUGACCAUGAAUAUGUUUAUAAAUUGUGUUUGUUUGAUCAAAUUACUCAGAGAUCCAAAAAUGGGGGCUCAGAAAUAAGACUGGGUACAUGGAAUAGUUGGAUUGGCGAACCAAAAUAUCGCACCAUGUUAUAUGAUAGAGGUCAAUCAUGCUGGAAUGGCCCCCCUCGUUCAACUCAUGUACGUUUGAGCUGUGGUUUAGAAGCUGCUCUAAUAUCAGCAUCAGAACCUAACCGUUGUGAAUAUGUCAUGGACUUUAUUGUUCCAGCUGCUUGUGUUCAAUUCAAUGAGAAAACAUCUACUUCUGAGCGUGGUCAUGAUGAGUUAUAGAACCAAUCCAUUGUAACUACUUAUUUAAAAAAUGAAUAUUUGUAUAUUAUUGUAUUUUUAUUAUUCAUGGUCUAACAUGAUGUUUACUAUAUUUUGUUCGGUGAAUAAUAAGUGUUCUUUAUUACUAAACUUUAAAAAUGGUAUUAUAUUGAAGAUCAUUUUUAAAAUCAAGAAAAUGGUAUCAGUUCUAGUUAUGUAAUAUAGAAAAAAAAAUUAUCAUAUGUAAAAGAACUAUUUCAUUGUUAAUUUAUUAAAUACAUUGAAUUUUCUCAUUUAUUAAUUAAA